AUGUCGAAGAGGCGGCUGUUUCGCUGGCCUGCCCGCCGCACCGCCGCUCUCGGAAUUUUGGCGCUGCUGGUCACCUCCGUUCUCUCAUGGCUCAUCUGCGGCGGUGAUUCUGACGACCCUCAACCAGAAGAAUACUUCAACCCGAUUCACGAGCAGUUAUCCGAAAUCACCAAGACGUACGACAAUGCGACCAGCGAGAUUGGCUUAGUAUUGGCUGCGACGCGGGCGGAGGACUUAACUUGGCUUUUGGAUUACUGCAACGACCACGGAACAAUCCCAUUCAUCUACAGCACCGACGUCGAACCCGCGCCAAAUCUCCUAGUUCCUUACACCAUCCGCGGUCGCGAGGCUACCGCUUACCUCUCCUUCAUCGUCGAGUUCUACAACCAAUUACCGAAAUACACGAUCUUCAUCCACUCUAACUACGAUCAAUGGCACAAUGACCUUUUCGGCCCCCACACUGGACCGGCACUGCGAAACCUCCGCUUAGAGGCCGUCGACGCGCAAGGCUAUGUCAAUCUGCGCUGCGAGCACGACCCCGGCUGCCCGACGAGUGUCCACCCGUGGAGUCCCACGCAGAUCGAUAUCGAGAACGACGAUAUUCGCGCAUUCUUUCCCCAGGUCUACCAGACGCUUCUCAAUGUCCCUGCGAAGAAGGUUCCGGAGCACAUUGGCAAUGUCUGCUGUGGCCAAUUCGCUGUCAGCCGCCAGCGGAUCCUUGAACGACCCCGAUCGGACUACGAGCGCAUGUUGCGGUGGGCCGACGAGACGGAAUUAACAGACAGCUUUGGCGUGGGAUGGGUAUACGAGAAGAUUUGGCACAUCAUCUUCGGCAUGGAUGAGAUAUAUUGUCCUCGAUACGAACAAUGCCGAUGCGACGCGUACGGAUGGUGUGGGCCGCUGGCCUCGGGCGAGACACUGCAGGCAGUGCGUGCGAACCCGGGCUCCACAAUGGGGCCGUCGUUCUAA